CUGAUUGUAAGUUUUCCUUAGAGUUUAUGUAUAGACUUGUUAAUUUCUUAUAACUUCCUAAAACCAAUUGAUAUGCAUGAACAUGUGCAUCCUUAAAAUCCAAUCUUGUGGAUGAAUUUUCAGACAAUUCAAGAAUUUAUUCUUCAUCUUUAUUUCUUGUACAAUAAGUUAUGGCCUUGGGUAGUGUAAUUGCCCAGCUUCAAUCUGCUGGUAAACGGAAACGUCUCCGUAAAUCAGCGUUCCAGAUAGUAUCCCACUGCCGCAAGUUCCCCAAAGUGUCGCUUUCUCGAAAAGUAAACCAGUGUAGGAAUUAUCACACUAUCAGCUUGAUUGGAAAAUUAACCCCCGAGGGAUCCAACCUUUUGGAUGUCCUCUUCAUGACCUCAUUUCCCAAUCGAGACUUGCUCAAUCCAGAAGGGUCAGAUGGUGGUAUCUGGGUUAGUAUCACGGAACCAUUUGCUCGGUCACCAGAACGGAGGUUUGCCGGGGUGGUUUCCACAUGGAACAAUUGCAGAUUCAAAGAUAAGUUCAAUGAGAAUGCCGAGUUGUUUAAAGCUUGUGUUGCUGAUGUCUAUAUAUUUUCAAGUAACUCCGAGAAUGAGUUUUGCUGGAACGAACUCAAGGUAUUCUUCAAGAACACGCUUGUAUUAUUUGGUCAACUGAGAAUUGAUAAGUAUAACUGUCAUGACCAUCGGGCAUUGUUGUUGGUUGUCCAUCGCUCUAGGUAUAGAAACAUAUAUGACAUCGAUGCCUUUGAAUCCAAAGUCAGAGAUAUCUGGAAAGAGAUCUAUAACACCUCUGAUUUCGACAAUUACUUUGUCAUCCAGUCUCAUACAAUAAGUCCAACAAACUAUAUGAAGGACAUAGAUACGAUAAAAUCCUGUCUAAUGGUGAAUCAGUUUUUGCGGGCCAAUCAAUGCGAGUUUAAAAUUCCCUUUGCGGAAUGGUUGCAAAAUGCUAGCAAAUGCUGGGAAUAUUUAUCAACAACUCCACCUCCGUAUGAAUCCCAGGAACAGACUAGAAAAGAUGUACCACUUAGUCGGACUGAAAAACUGAUUGCCGAAUUUAGUUUUGCUAUUUUAGGAUUCCGGUCAGAUGGUCAUUAA